CAGUUUUCCGUAUCCCUAUAAUCGAGUAACCAUGCCCGACACGGACAGCAGCGAAGAUGAAACUAGCGCCCGACUUCUUGCAUCAGUAGAUACCUCCUUUCUCAAUGAUGCAUUGUUCAACAAACCAGUGCUUCCUACAACGGAAAAGGAAACGAAGCAAAGCAAGCGAAAUACAAACGCUGUGUCGAAUACCAGUCAAGCUGCACCAGAUGCCCCAAAAUCUAACCGUUAUGUACUGGAAGAGGAAACAGUUAUGAAGAGUGACCUGAACGUGUCCGAGGCUAUGAAGAAACACAUGGCAGCAAAGCUAUCGAAUCUCAUCGGAUCCAUGAUAGUGUUCGAUGAUGGUCCAGCAGUUUCGGCAGCUCAACCUGUAUCCGCUACUAACAACGGCAAGAGAAAAGCCGAAGCGCCUGGAGUACGAUUGCUGUCCAGUUUUAACGACUAUCUAGAUGAAUCUGUUUCCGCUGAAACACCAAUUGGGCCGCAGAAACGUCCAUCAAUUCAACGCAGGAAGGUCAAAGGUGAACCGAAAGAUCCAAAGAGUGUAGACAAAAUAGCAGCCUCAGUAAUCGUGCCCGACACUUUCCCGGAGGAAAUGCGCUCCUGGAAAGGGCCGAAGCAACGAUCGACCUUGUUCAAUUACACAAAGAAAGGACUGGGGCCUUGCGUUGAGAAGGAACGUGUGAAUGAGUUCACUGAAGCUCGUUUAAAAAAUGGAUGGGAUGAAAGUAAGAUACAAACGUUCAAGAGAAAAACAAUAGAACUCCAACAAUGAGGUUGGUAAA